AUGCUUAGAUCUAUACUCAAAAAUACAACAAAUAAACGAAUUAGUUUUUUAUCAAAACAACGAAAAAAUAUACAUUUUCAAAAUGCUAGUCCAACAGCGUUAUUAUUGAAAAACCGUAUAGUUGGCAAUUGCAAUUAUUCAACUUCAUCUAAAGCUUCCCCAAAUAACUCAAAUAUCUUAACUUCUUUGAUCCCUGGUGUUUUGAUUGGCACUGGUUUAUCUUUGGGUACAUGUUAUUUCUUAGGACUUUUUGAUGACGAUGAUGACGCAAAUUACCAAUCUGUAAUGCCACUAGACGAAUUAUCUCCGCCAAAAUAUUGUGAUGAUCCAAAUGAAGAAACUGAAGUCAUAGCCAGACUAAAGGCUGUUCUUGGUGAAAAUCCAGAUAAUUUUAGUAUUUCACCAGAAGAAAUAGAUUCGCAUUCCGACACCUAUUUUACAUCGCACCAUGCCACAAAGGAACAAAGACCACAAAUUAUUCUAUACCCUCACAACACAGAACAGGUUUCUCAAAUCCUACAAAUUUGCAACAAUUAUUCCGUCCCAGUGGUCCCCUUUUCUGGAGGUACAUCAUUAGAAGGACACUUUGUCUCCACAAGAGGUAAACGCACUGUUGUUUUGGAUUUUUCCAGGUAUAUGAAUAAUAUCUUGGAAUUACAUCAAAAAGAUUUGGAUGUGGUUGUUGAGGCUGGUGUUCCAUGGGAAGAUUUGAAUUCCUACUUGAAUGACCACGGUUUGUUGUUUGGCUGUGAUCCAGGUCCAGGCGCUGAAAUCGGUGGGUGUAUUGCCAAUUCAUGUAGUGGCACCAAUGCCAAUAGAUAUGGUACAAUGAAGGAAAAUGUCGUUAAUUUAACUGUUGUUCUAGCUGAUGGCUCUAUAAUCAAAACUAGACAGAGACCCAGAAAAUCCAGUGCAGGCUAUAAUUUGACUGGUCUAUUUAUUGGCAGCGAGGGCACCUUGGGUGUUGUCACAGAAGCUACUAUUAAAUGUCAUGUCAUGCCUAAACAUGAAACAGUUGCUGUUAUUCCAUUCCCUUCCAUCGCUUUGGCUGCUGAUUGUGUUUCCACUAUUGUCGGUGAGGGGUUGCAGUUAAACGCUAUGGAAUUGUUGGAUGACAAAAUGAUGAAAGUUAUUAAUCAAACAGGGUCUACCUCGAGAACUUGGUUGGAACAGCCAACUUUGUUUUUUAAAGUUGGUGGCCAGGAUGACGAUGACAUUAAAAAGCAAGUGUCAAUGCUAGAGAAAAUCGCUUCUGCAAACAAAGCUAUUAAGUUUGAAUUUGCUAAAAAUGAUGAUGAAAAAUUGGAAUUAUGGGAAGCGCGUAAAGUCGCCCUUUGGUCCACUUUGGAUGCCGGCAAAAAAUUGAAUCCUAAGGUUAAUUUGUGGACCACCGAUGUUGCUGUCCCAAUUUCCAAGUUUGCCUCUGUCAUUGAUGAAACUAAAAAAGAAAUGGAAUCAUCCGGCUUGAUAAGUACUAUAGUUGGUCAUGCUGGUGAUGGUAAUUUUCAUGCUUUUAUUUGUUAUGAUGAAACUCAAAAACCUAUCGCUGAAAAAUUAGUAGACAACAUGGUUAAGCGAGCUAUUGAUAAUGAAGGUACCUGUACAGGUGAACAUGGUAUAGGUUUAGGUAAAAGACAAUAUUUAUUAGAAGAGUUGGGUGAUGCACCUGUAAACUUAAUGAGACAAAUUAAGUUGUCUUUGGAUCCACAAAGAAUUUUAAAUCCCGACAAAAUUUUCAAAAUUGAUCCAAAUGAUCAUGAGCAUUAA